AUGAAUGAUACAAAAGGUGGUGGAGAAAAAUGGAUAAAACAUUACAGCAACAAGCAGAAGAUAUUGCUGGUUGGCGAGGGCGAUUUCUCAUUUGCCGCCUGCCUAGCUAAAGCUUUCGAGAAUGAUACUAGUAAUAUCAUCGCUACUUCCCGCGAUUCUGAUCAAGAUGAAUUGGAAAAGAAAUAUGCAAAUGCUAAAAGCAACCUUGAGAUCCUUGAGAAGAGUAACGGUUGCGUCGUAUUGCAUGGAGUGGAUGCAUAUACAAUGAUCAAACAUCCUGUGCUUCAAAAUCAACUUUUUGAUAGAAUUGUUUUCAAUUUCCCCCAUGCAGAUCUCGUUUACAGAGAGCAUGAUGCCUCCCAAAUCCGACUUCAUCAAGAUCUAGUCCAGGGAUUUUUCAAGAGCGCGCACAAGAUGGUGAAGGAAGUGGGAGAGGUGCAUGUAACUCAUAAGACUGCUUACCCGUUUAGUCGAUGGAAUAUCAAAGAGUUAGCAAGUAUAGCAGAUUUGAUCUUGCUUGAAGAAGUUGAGUUCAAUUUGUGGGAUUACCCAGGCUACUGUAACAAGAAAGGAGAAGGACAUGGGAGCAAUUGUGACAUGUCUUUCCCCAUAGGUUUAUGCUCCACUUUUAAGUUUCAGAAACUUUAA